CACUUGAAGAGUCAGAUGCACUCUGCGGGAACUGCUGCAAAGGUGAAGCCAGGCAAAGGCAAAAAGGUUGCACCUCCAGCUCCAGCAUCAGAUGAGGAUUCCAACAGCUCCCAUGAGGAAAGUGAAGAGGAGAAACCCAAACCAAUUAUGAUGAAAAAGAACAAAAAAUCCAUUGUCCAGUCAUCCAUGAAAAUGAAACAAAUAGCAAAUGAUGACGAUGACAGUGAGGAUGAAAGUGAGGAUGAAAGUAUUGAGGAUGACAGUGACAGUGAAGAAGAGAACACAAAUCCACCUAUAAUAACCAAGGAACAGGACGAGGACGAAGACGAGGACAGUGAUGAAGAGAGCGUGCCUGUCACAAACAAGAUGGCUGAAUCUUCCGGGAGUGAUGAGGAUGACAGUGAGGAUAGUAGUGAAGAGGAAGUUGAAGAUGAAGUGAAUGGGAAAAGGAAAAAGGCACAGAAAGAAAAGCCAGUGAAGAAAAGCAAAACUGAGACUAUUGUGACACUCUUUAUUGCAAACCUUGGCCGUGAAACAGAAGCAAAGAAACUUGCAAAACUUUUCAAGAAAAAUAACAUUGAGGUGAAAGAUGCCAGGAAGCUGCCCAAUAAAACGUUUGGAUAUGUUGAUUUGGCAGAUCCCUCUGAUUUUGAUGCUGCUGUAGCUCUCAGUGGGAAAAGUAUUGAGGGACAAGAGAUCAGAGUUGAGAAGGCCAAGGAGAAACAGAAGUCUGGAUCUACUGGGUCAAGGCAAGAUGAGGACAGCCGUACAUUAUUUGUGAAGAAUCUAGCUGAAAGUGUUACAGAGGCCGUGUUGAAUGACCUGUUUGAAGAUAUUGAUUCAAUUCGCAUGCCAUCAAAUGAAGAUGGUUCACAUAGAGGAUUCGCUUAUAUUGUGUUUGGUACUGCUGAACAAGCCACCACAGCCUUAGAAGAGAAGCAAGGGGAGGACCUAGAAGGCCAGGCAAUUUAUCUGGAUCGACCAAGACAAAAAGGAAACAGUUUUAAAUCCCCAUCAGGAGGCCAAAAUAGGGGCGACAACAGACGGAAAUCGGCAGAACGUGGCACUUCAAAGAUCCUCUUCGUGAGAAAUUUGUCAUUCCAAUUGGAUGAAAGUUCCUUGAAACAGGAGUUUGAGAAUUCCACAUCAGCAAGAAUAAUGACCCAUGCAGACUCUGGAAAACCAAGAGGGUUUGGUUUUGUGGAGUUCAGCAGUACAGAAGAUGCAGCUAAGGCAUAUGACAGCAUGCAGGGUCAGGAAAUCAUGGGCAGAGAGGUGUUUGUUGACUUCGCUUCAGACAAGUCUGAUGGGGGACGCAGGAGCUUUGGAGGAGGCAGAGGCCGAGGAGGUUUCGGAGGUGGACGUGGUGGACAAGGAAGAGGUGGUGGCUAUGGUGGUGGACGAGGUGGUGGUUUCAGAGGUGGAAGAGGAGGCAGAGGAACACACAAGAAAUUUUAAGGAACUUUAGUUUGUCUGACUAAAAUGUUAUCAGGACCAGGGGCAGUGCCAUAAUAACUCAUCUGUUUUGACUGUCCCAUAAACUGUAGACAACUCCUGUUAUUUCUAGAAAUGGAAUAAAAACCUGAACAUAUGUCAAAUUACACAUUAGAUUUUACAUGUUGCAUUCCAGUCAGUUUUGUUAUUUUUUUUGUGGCUGCUGGUGGAUUAAAGUUAUCCAUUGUUACUGUGUUUCUAUCAAGAUGUUAAAUUGUUGUAUUCUAAUCUGAUCCUACACCUCUUCAUGUUAUAAAAGGUGCAUCAGUCUCUAUCAAUCAUCAGUCACUAGAACAAGGCAUUUUCAGUUUCAGAAAAGUGUUCAUAAGCCCUCCUGUUGGUGUCCUAUAACUGAAACGGAUAGUAAUCUAUUUCUUUGUUUCUCAUCAGAUAAAGUUAAAGGAAUAUUAAUGCAGCUCAUUUUAAAUACAAGCCACAAAAUAUUGUCAUUUCCUAUCACAUUUUCAUCAGCCAUUGUUCACUAUACUGUUCUAUGAUGAAGCUAUGACAAAUUACCCUCACAAAUUGGUGCCUUUUGGAUUUUUGUCCCCCGCAGCAACACGGAACGGGGGACUAUGUAUUCAGCGGCAUCCAUACGUACGUCCCGAUUCUUGUUAACGCGAUAUUUCAUGAACUGUUGUACCCCAUGUCUUCAACUUUGAUGACAGCCUACAUUAGGGGAUUACCAAGACACCAGUCGUUUUGGGUGACAUUGACCUUAUCUUCAAGGUCACCAUGACACUUUGAACACAUUUCAAACUUAUUUAAACACGGUAUCACAUAAAACAUUGCACCCAAUGUUUUCAAUUAUGUCGACAGCCUACAUUGGGUGAUUAUUUAGUGGCGGGCAUAUCAGUGGCAAACACUUGUUAUCAAAUGUUUUACACCUGAAUUUGAUAUCAAGAUGUUUCAAAGAUUCCAUUAAAUUUCCUUUGCUACUAGAAAAUGUGCUGAAAUUGUUACUAAACUACAAGUAUAAUCCUUACAAUUAUAUUUGCAUUUCACGAAACUUGGGUCUUGCUGUUUCAGGCAUGAAUUUGGGAUAUCAAAGUGACAAUUGAUCCAACUGUAAAAUACAGAAGACACUAUUUAUGAUGACUGACUUAUGUAUGGAUUUCCGUUGUUUGAUAGAGGUUAGGGUCAGCAGAUACUACUUCAACAUUUUUAAGCUUGGCACAUGACAUGUCAUUUGGUGAGGUAAUUUCAUCUAUCAUGACCAUUGAGUUAAGUUUUUUAAAAAACAGCCAAUAGUACUUUGCAUUCUCUACUGUGUGCAGUACUGUCCAUGUAUUGAUAGAUCAGCUUUGAAAUCAAGUGAAACAUUUAUUAAACUAGCUUAAAACUAGUCAGUUGAAAAGCAUUAUAUAUUUUUUGAACUAUGUAGAAAUGAUGUUGAGAUUCAAUUGCUUCCUUAUUUUUUGUGGCAGUAGUACUCAGCAUUUCGUUUCUUAGGUGAUUUCUUGAAUGUCAAACUCUGUACAGUGAGCAUGCAGUCAUUGAAGUGCUUGAUUGAAGCUAACAUGAACAAUCUUGUCACAAUGCUUAGGGCAUGUCUCAUGUAUAUUUGUAAUCAAAUGCUUGUGUUGACAGAUUUGUGUGUAUGGUUGGCAGAUAUUGUUUGUCUUGAAAAUGAUGCCAGUGACCAUGAAAUGCAUAAACUUGCUGAAUUUAGAGUCUAAGAGCUCAUAAAUGAUGUAUGUCCAGCAUAAUUGUACAAGCGUCUAUGGAGGAAAAUAAAGAAUGUCCUGAACAAUU